CUGGGCACUGACUGGCACAACCACUGGGCACUGACUGGUGGCACUGACUGGCACCACUGCAUUGAUGGGCACUGCUGGGUGGCACUGGUGGGCACAGGUAGGUGGCACUGCUGGGUGGCACUGCUGGGCACAGGUGGGCGGAACUGGUGGGUGGUACUGCUGGGCACCAAUCAUCAGGGCACUGAUCAUCAGUGCCCUGAUGAUCGGUGCCGAUCCCUGCUCUGACAACUGCUGGUUCUCGGCAGUACUUUCCUCGCGCUCUGACAGCGUGAGGAAAGUGCAGCCGAGAACCGGCAAUUGC